GCCCAUCAUGCACUUCCGAGCUUUGCGAGCAUUAUGCGUUGGGUACCUGAGUGUCUAUGUUGACGCGGCGCCGUCUAGCCGUGGCUCCGACUUGCUCUCGGUAGUAACUCCUCGUGCGAACUGUGUGCCUAGCCAACUCUCGAGCGAUACAUGGAAGAAGGAGGGCGUCGACAGCUUCUUGGCCAACGCCGCGAAACACUAUACGGAAUACUCCUCCGACAAUGUCCAAGCUUUGGGGGCGUACUUGGGUGCUCCCAACUUCUUUUGCGGAGUCAAUCUGUGGUGCAACGCCGGCCAGCCGUGUACACCAGUCACUCUCCCCGGAUGGUAAGCUAUACGCCCAACUUCCUGUCCUAUUCGCUUUCUUCUUGUACUAAAGAGUAACACAAGGUAUGCUUUGAUGGGCGUCCAAGGCUGGAACAACUACGUCAACAAUCUCAACCUCGCCGUCACGUACGCUGCCACCAUCCUAAGCCUGAAACUCGCAAAGGUAGUCGACGACCUAUGGCCAGCAAAAAAGGACAACGUCACCCCCAUGAAACAGUUCCUGGCAUGGGUCAACGGCAUCCUAAACGCCUUCCCGACCACGGCAGCACUCGGCGCUACCGCAGGCAGCAUCGCCAGCACC